AUGGGCUGCUGCUUCUCCAGCCAGGCAUCAAAUGCCAGUUCCCGCCAUGAUGAGCAGGGGCAGCAUACGGCUCCUCCACCCCAGAACUGGGACUCCCACGCCCAGACCAAUGGCAGCAACGCCCCUCCAGCAUCGCCAACCGCCGAGCCAGUUGUGAUACCGGCAAUUGAUGCCACCACCAACGAGGCCUUUGCCCACAACGAGGCAGUUGGACAGCAAUCAUACGAAUUGCCCCGUGCGGAGUCGUCUUCGUCGGCGGCUUCUGAUCAGCAUGUGAUUCUGGAGCCAACUGUCUACGUGCCUCCCUCUCGACCGAGUGUCGCUGCAGAGCUGGAGGAGGCGGCUGUCCACUCGCCGCCACCUGAGCCUGUUGGAGAUGGAUCCAGAUCUGCAUCUUCGUCGACCUCGAGCUCUAGCUCAGGCUAAUAAGCAGUAUGGCCUGACGCAUAGUGGAG